ACCUAGGCGCAACAUUGCUAUCUCGCGUUGGUUCCUACCAGGGAUUUUGAACGCCUGGUAUGCGGUAAUACGGGCGGCUGGAGAGACGUACAAUAGGUAACAGGAAGGCACUGUAAUCAUGGCAGCUGACAGGAUGGAUGUCCCGGAUCUUCCUGAUUUCAGUAUAUUAAAGCGGUUAGCUAGAGACCAGCUCAUCUAUAUCCUGGAACAGCUCCCUGGAAAAAAAGAUCUGUUCAUUGAGCCUGACCUGAUGAGCCCUCUGGACCGGAUUGCCAAUGUAUCUAUAUUAAAGCAACAUGAGGUUGAUAAACUGUAUAAACUGGACAACAAACCGAUUUACAGCAACUCUGACCAAUUGUGCUUUCUGAUCAGACCACGUAUCAAGCAUGUGAAGUACAUUACUAGCCUUGUCAAUGCAGAUAAGGCAUCUGGAAGGAGCAGAAAGUACAAGAUUAUAUUUAGUCCACAAAAGUUUUAUACAUGUGACAUGAUACUGGAACAAGAAGGAAUCUUUGGCGAUGUGACCUGUGAUGAAUGGUCAUUUUAUCUCCUGCCGCUGGAUGAUGAUAUCAUAAGUAUGGAGCUGCCAGAAUUUUACAGAGACUAUUUUCUUGAAGGGGAUCAACGUUGGAUUGGGACUGUGGCCAAAGCUCUCCAUUUAUUAAAUUCCAUCUUUGGUCCUAUCUCUAAGGCCUAUGGAAUAGGAAGAUGUUCUAAGAUGGCCUAUGAGGUGUGGAAGGACAUGUUGGAGGAUGAAGAUGGUGAUCACAGAGAAAGAAAACCAGAUUUGGGUGUUGUUUUCAUGAUUGAUAGAGAUGUGGAUUAUGUCACUCCUCUGUGCUCCCAGGUUGUGUAUGAGGGACUGGUUGAUGAUGUCUUUCGCAUUAAAUGUGGAAGUGUUGAGUUUGGCCCUGAUGUCACUUCCUCUGAUAAAAGUAUCAAAGUUCUAUUAAACUCUCAAGAUAAGGUAUUUGAGGAAAUUCGGAAUGAGCAUUUCUCCAAUGUGUUUGGCUUCCUGAGCCAGAAAGCUCGAAAUCUGCAAUCACAUUAUGAUAAACGACGAGGAAUGGACAUUAAACAAAUGAAAACAUUUGUUUCUCAAGAACUAAAAGGCUUAAAACAAGAGCAUCGACUUCUGAGUUUGCAUAUUGGAGCCUGUGAGUCCAUUAUGAAGAAGAAAACUAAACAGGAUUUUCAGGAGUUACUGAAAACCGAACACUCAUUACUUGAAGGGAUUGAUAUUAGAGAAAGCAUUGGUUCCAUAGAAGAGCAUAUAAACAGACAGGUCUCACCCAUUGAGAGUCUGCGAUUGCUGUGUCUCAUGUCAAUCACAGAGAAUGGUUUGAUAACUAAAGAUUAUCGGUUGCUGAAGACUCAGUACCUACAGAGCUAUGGACCUGAGCAUCUGCUUACCUUCUUCAAUCUCAAACGGGCUGGCCUGCUUACAGAACAGGUGCCUGGGGAAACUCUCACUGCCGUAGAGAGUAAAGUGAGCAAACUCGUUACAGAUAAAGCAGCAGGCAAGAUCACUGAUGCCUUUUCAUCACUUGCAAAAAAAAGUCAUUUCAGGGGAAUCAGCAAAAGACUUGGUCUGAUUCCUCGCAUAGAUGGUGAAUAUGACCUGAAGACCCCUAAGGACAUGGCGUAUAUUUUUAGUGGUGCCUACAUCCCAUUAAGCUGCAAAAUAAUAGAACAGGUUUUGCUACGUAAGAGUUGGGUCGGUCUUGAAGACGUCACGCGUUUACUGAACGGCAGUGAGUUUGCAGAGCAAAUGUCGGACCAGAACACCAACUCUGACUCCCAGAGGAUAAUCCUUGCAGUAUUCCUCGGGGGCUGCACAUUUUCAGAGAUCUCCGCACUGAGAUUUUUAGGAAAAGAAAGAGGUUAUAAAUUUAUUUUUCUAACAACAUCAAUUACAAACAGUGCGAGGAUGCUGGAGUCAAUGACUGAGACCAAAUCCUGACGUCAUAGAAGCCAUUUUCUCUGACACCGGGUGUAUCUACGAGAAAUCGGGCAGCUAAGGAUUUGCAUUUGAAAAUCCUGCCAGGCCAACAGCCAGCUGGUUCAGAACUUUAGAGAUAAUGUGAAAUGUAUCCUUAGCCACCUCUGUAUUUAUAAAAUGCUUUUUUUGAAGGUACACUACAGCUGUCAUAUGCACUUUAAUGCUUAUGAUUGCUGAAUGUGACCUUUACUGGCAGCACAUUCCUGCCGUCGCUUGAUACUAAACUGUCUUUUUAAGCAGCAAGAAAUAAUGACUUCAUGAAUCUCUCUUUUUCAGUACCGAAGGUCCUUAAGUUGCU